GCUUCAACGGUUUUUAGAAAUCAGUUGAACAAAUAAUGUCAAGUGAGCAAGAACAACAGUCGCGACAGCUAACGACCCGUCGCCAUGUCGCACCCAUGCCACCUGAUAAUGUCAUACGGCAGUCGAUUGCGGCGAGUCUAACGCAGAUUUUGGUAAACAUGACUGAUGCCGAGACUCAGCGCCAAUGUCAAGAAAUUUUGGAGGUGUCGGACUUGGCACAUGGAGCACAUGUUAAGAUCUUGGCAGCACUGGAACAUAUCGAUGAACGCCGUAAGCCGCAACGUCCACGCCCACGUCGAAAUUAACAACAAUUUAAAAUAUACAAAAGUAUGGACAUAAGCAAGUAUAACAUGUAUAAGUUUAAGCUUUAAUAAUAAACG